AUGUGCCCCCACCCCGCCCGCUCCGGAGAGCGCGGCCCCGGCACCGGCCCAGCCCCCCCGCCCCGCGGCGGCGACAAUGGGCGCGGCGGCACCGGGCCCCUCUUAAAAGGGCAACGCGGGAUUGCCCUCCGGUGUUGGGGCCGAGACCGGGGCCGGUGCCUGUGCCCGUUCCCGGCCCGGGGCCGCGGCGGGAGCGUAGCUGGCUCUCCCCGGGAGUACCGGGACAGUUCCGGAUCCCUGGAUCGAAGCGUGUGCCACCAGCUAACGGGAGAGCAGCCGCCGCCGGACCCGCGAGGCGCCGGGAGCCCCCGGAGCAGCCCCAUGGCGUUCCCUGUCUUUCUGCUGCUGCUGGUGCUGGGCACAGGUACACGUGCCAUGACCACUGAGACAACCAUGGAGAUGGAAACUACCGAAACAACCACCGUGGAGAUGACCACGGAAACAACCACCCCCACCUUGUUGCCAAAUAUAUUCCCCAAAAGCACAGAGGGCAGGCGGCCCCAAACUUCUGUCUUCCCCUAUGUCACCGUGUUCCCUGGCACAAACAGCACAAACUUCCAGACUGGCAACUCCACAUCCAAUGGCACUGUGGUGCCUGUCCUCAGCAGCCCAGCCAUCCCCCACAUCAAUGCCACCUCAAACAGCAGCAGCUGGGCCCCCUACUUCGGCACCAACAGCAGCUCUGCUGCUCCCACCACCAUGGGUGGCAGCACCAAAGGCAACGGGAGCACCAGCGCUCAGGCCUUUCCCACCUGGAUAACGUCUGAGGGCAGCACAGCUCCCAGGCAGACCCCUACCAAGGAUGGUCCCAACCCCAGCAAAUCCACAGCCCAGCUGCCUGCUGCCGUCCAGCUGCUCGUCCGUGUCCCGCUGUCCUUCCGCAUCAUCAACAGGAGCUUCAACGAGAGCCUGCGUGACCCAGCAUCGGAGGAGUACAGGAGCCUGAGCCGCACGGUCCUGACCAUGUUCAAACACGUCUUUGGCUGCCCGGGCUGCAUGGGCACGCAGACCUACACCGGGUGCAGUGAGCUGCAGUACAGCCAAGGCUCUGUGGAGGUCCAAUCCACCCUGGUGUUUGCAAACGGAAGCGAUGCCGUCACUCCCGAUGCUGCUGAGCAGCGCCUGAGGAAGAGCCUGGACCAGAAUGGUUUCAUCAUGGGCCUGCAGCUGGACAGCAUCCAGGGCUCUGCAGUGGUGAUAUCCCCAGCUCCAGUGCCUGUGGUCCCAGACUGGGCCAUUGCUCUGUUGGUCCUGGUCAGCAUCCUGCUGCUGUUGAGCAUCUUCACCUGUCUCCUCCUGAUGUCCACCUGCACCUGCCGCCGGAAAAGCCGAGGGAAGCUGGACCUGCUCAGCCAGAAAGAUUCCUACCACCCCAUGGCUGAAUACCUGCAGUACCAGAGCCACGGGCGCUAUGCGUCCCCCAACAGCAAACCCAACCCCUACAGCCAGGUGGCCGGCAGCAGCACCAAGAGGGCUGGCACCUUCACCUACACCAACCCCGCCGCCGGCUCCGACAACCUCUGAAGGGCGCGCUGGGAAGGAGGGCGGCUGCCGAGGGGAGGGGGCGGCCGCAGCCCCCCACUCCCGGGGAAGCAGCACCGGCCCCGGGCACAUCUCCCGGUGCUGCUCGGCCCCUCGCCGUGGGCAGCGGGAGCCGGAUGGUUCUGGAGCAGCCGGAUUCGUGCACAUGACAGAACUGGAUGAACAAAGAUCGGGGGGCGGGAGGGAGCGUCCCGCGCACCCCACGGUCCCCGCACUCGCUUGGCUUUGCAACCCUGCUCCGUGCCGGGGGUGGAGGACUGGGCUCGUGCUCCCCCUGCCUUCACCUCCGGGGAUUCAAUGGCUCUUUUUGUGGUGUUAUUUUAUACAAAUAUCUCUAUUUGCGGGGUGUCGGUGCCGGGCUUGGCUCGGCGGGGUGGCAGGUCCUCGGCGGGGCUGCGGGUUCUCGGCCGGGGUGUAUUUAUCGCAGUUAAAAUAAAAGG